AGGAGGUGGUGGCCAAUUGCCCCGUGCUAUGCGCCACUGCGGAGAAAGACGAAGAAGAAGAAGAAGAAGGAGGACGCUAGAACUUUCCAUUGAUCCAGUGGAUAGGGACAUUUGCAGAAGGCCUUUGUCGGAACAAAAACUACAAAUGGAUUCCUAUCCCUCUCCGACCUCUGGGGUGAGCUGCAACCCAUCGGGAUUCGAGGAGGCGCAAGAAAGAGUCAAAAGCUUCCAGAAGCUCGUGAAGACAGCGACGUUCAUCGUUGCCGCAUCUGUUGUGGUACUAGCCACGUGGUAUUUCAUUGAUCAAUCACAAACAUCAGUCACAACAACCCACACCAACGCGACAACGCUGCACACAACAAAAGACAGGAAGACGUGGCGCACGACUCCGAUCAAUAAUCACGAAUCUACGGGCGAGAAUAAGGACCAUACGAGGCCUGAAAAUGUGUGUGACACUGAGGACUGUCAUUUCAUGCGUCGCUUGAUUGACCUGUCUGUCGACAAAAGGCUUAAUCCCUGUGACAACUUUUUCACAUACGUUUGCAACGGUGCCGUUCGCAGUAUGCACGGUCUGGCUAACGGAUUUAGCAUAUACGUACACGAGAAUCUACAUAAGAGUGCGGAACAAUGGAUGAUCAACGGAAUAAUAGGACCAGGGAAACAAAGUGGAUACCAGAAAGUACUCGCUUUUUAUGCCUCCUGCGUCGAUACAAGACAUGUGUCAUCAGAGAAAAACUACGUGGAGACAUUUCUUAGGAAACGAAAGUUGGCGUUGAUCGAACGCUUAAAUUUUGACCCAUUGAAGAAGGAAAUAGAAUUCAUGUUGAUUGGGUUACCGGUAUUGUUUGAAUAUAAUAUGGUGUCUUACAGUCCGGCCGGUCAAGCCUAUAUUUUAUUGGAAUAUAAAGGGCGCGCGGCUAAGACUGUGGCAGGCGAGGCACGUCCUGUGGAUGAACGAAAAUCCAUUGUGGAAAACAUUUUAAAAUUUGUGUUUUCUGUUGACGCUAUAGACGAACACACUUUAAAUUCUAUUCUGGAGGCCGAAGACAAAAUAUCGCAGCUGACGGAAGAAGAAACAGAGUCAGCGUUUAUCACGUUUCCAAUGUCUCAAGUAGGAUUCACAGAAGGCAGUGAUGAACGCAUGUCAUCACGGUGGAUUCAAGCACUGGAAGAACACAGAUCUUUGCUCGGUGACAUUGAUACGAUUACCCUUCAGAUGCGAAGGUCUCACGUUGCCCUUCUUCACAACGUCUUCGGGAGCACUCCUCUUAUCAAUAAGCAUCUUCUGCAAACGUUAUUUGCCUGGAUAAUAACUUACGAACUGUAUGAGCUGUCUGGUUUUCUGGACUCAGCAAGACAACCUCACACUGUCCGGGCGUGGUGCUACGAAUCCGCUAAGAGGACCUUCCCGUCGGUGGCGACUCUCAAAGUGUUGCAUGAAAUCGUCAAUCAAUCCAGAGUGGACGCUGUCAGAGAAAUGGCUGAUUACAUUUUCAAAGAAAUUGCUGCGUCACUUAAGACGUCCCAGUGGCUAGACAAUCCUACGAGGGAAGCAGCACUAAAAAAACUAUCACUGACGUCAAGAAUAAUCGGCUACCCGUUUAAUUUGUCGUCAAGAGAAGCGGUCGAUAGGUAUCUGGAGCCAAUGCAGGACUUGACGCCGGACAAUUACGCAAAAAACGUUGUGCUGACAAGACAAGGUAGAGCUCGAAUAUUCUGGAAACGUUUUCGACAGCAGGACGGUUACAUUAAUGCGAUAAACACUGUAUUGGACUUGAUAGGCGUUAAUCAAAUUGUGAAUGCCUUCAAUCUCGCUCAAUACAACGCAAUUGUCAUACCUGCACCCUUUAUGUACGCACCAUUCUUCAUAUUCCAUGGGCCUCCAGAAGUGAACUACGCGGGUCUUGGAACAACUAUUGGCCACGAAAUUAUGCACAGCUAUGACAACGAACGUAUGUUUUCCGACAACAGCACCGAGGGAGUCACAAAGAAUAGCUUGGCUGCGUACAAGAAAUUAGUCGGAUGUCUCCAGUCGGUUAUCAACAAAGCACCCAGAGCCAGAACGUUCGAGGAACGUGAGAAGGAAUACCUCGCCGACGCGUUGGGAAUACAAUCACUUGGCAUGGAGCAUGGAGAAAAGCAGCUGAAAGCACAAGCGUCACACUUGGAUAUGUUAGAGGCUUCACGAGAGACCAAUUGUUCUAUGUGUCCUAUGCCAUUAAAUGGUGUGGCAUUUUAAGCUUAAAUGUUUUCAAAACCCACCCCGACCUUGACGAAAGGUGCAACGUCCAACUGAUGAACUCUGACCACUUCAGUCGAGAGUCUCUGACCACUUCACUGCCCACCUGGGUCAGCCAUGAAUCCGACAGAAAUGUCGCUUUUGGUAGAGAAUGGUUUAUGGCAAAUGGUGGUUUCUCACUUCAUUUCCCGCAGUGUUAUAUGGCUUCGUUUUCCUUAUAGCAUAUCCGUCACGUAAUUCCUUAUCUGAACAAUGAUACAUGCUCUCUAUGCAUUAUUCCUAUAGUAAUAAACUACAAAGAGUUUUGUAUGUGCAUAUUGUA